CUACUGGUGGUAAUCGUCGCCAUGCAUCGAAGUAUUCUAACGACCGAAGCGAACCUUUUACUGGCUUUGAGCAGGGAGCCACUUCAAACUCCUUUAAUCCCCAUGGCUUUUAUCCUCCACGGCCUCAGAAUCCUUACAUGGCACCGCAAUAUCCGUAUAUCCCCGCGGAGCCACUGCAAGACCCCUACGCACCCGGAUACUAUCAUAAUCCUACAGGUCCAUACCAUUACACGACAUUCCCACGAUACCAAGGAUACCCAUAUGAACCACCAUACCAAGGAUAUCAAUAUGACACUAUACCGCCACCUACAUAUCAGAAUUACCCUUCAUUUCGAAACCAUACAGAAAAUCCCAAUACCUUUACAGGUCAGUACAACUAUGGUCAUUCGUCAGAAGAGUCCCCCGAGACCGUACCUAAAAUGCCCCCUUUAUACAAAGUACCACCAUCUUUAUGGCUUUCGUGGAGAAAAAUAAGACGUAAAGAUCUCCACCCCGAAAAACAAGUCCCAGUUCUCCCAGAAGGCUGGGACUGGCGAAUUGAUGAUAAUAAUCGGUUGUUCUAUGUGGACACCUAUGCACGGGGAAGCGAAAAGCGUUGCUUCUGGAACCCGCCCAAGGAGCAGGAGGAAGAAGAGGAAGACGAAAAACACAAGCUGGCAUUAUAUGGAUGGAACAAAAUUUGCACAAUCUUCGGUCGUAUUUUCUGGAUUCAUCGAGAGUCUGGGCUUAUAUCUUAUGAAUAUCCUAGACGAUGUGCUCAGAUUGGAC